CAGUUCUUGCAUCACUCCUGGCUCCGCUCCACGGACAAACGUCGCCGCAAUGAGAACCUGCAACAUACUUCUUCUUGUAAAUCUAAUUUCCAUCACAUCAUUUCCAGAUCUUCAGGCAGAAACACGCCAAGUGACUGGAUAUGUUGGCAAAGAGGUCAUUUUGAAAUGCCAGUUAGCCCGAGGGUCAGAAAACAUUACUCAGGUUCAGUGGCAAUUUCAGUCCACGGUUAUUCUUGUUUUCAACACCCAGUAUGGAAUGAGUUUAAAAGAUUCUCAACUAAUGGAAAGAUUGGAUCUUACAGAACAAUCACUGAAAAUUAGAGAUGUGAAAAUCACAGAUUCAGGGACUUAUACCUGCACUGUAACCACGUAUAUCAGAGGAUCACUUGAAGAAACCAUCAAACUUGUUGUUGUUACUGGUGAGCCUGCCCCAGAACAAAACCAGCAGACACAGAUGUCUGCAGGGAUACUUUGUGCGAUCAUCAUCUCUGCUGUGCUGCUUUUAGGGAUCCUGACGGCUGCAGCUUAUCUCACCUUUGUCAGAAGACAUAAAGCGGCUCGCAGACUUGAAGUCCACAUAGACACAUCAAGUCGUGUAGCGAGUGUGAACAGACCAUCUUAUAUCUAUAAGGACCCAGUGAGCACAGAGGAAGUGCUGUUGCAGGAAGUGCUGUAUGCUGAUGUGAAGCCAAAACGAACCAGAAAUCCAGGAUCUUCACUGAAUAAAAUACCAAGAGCAACUACAAAAGCUGAGGAAGUCACGUAUGCAGAGGUCAAGGUUCAUCAUCAGAGGCCCAACUUAGAAACAGUUUAGUGUUUGAAUGUUGUACUGAAUAGAUUUGCUGCAACAGUACUGGUUUUAUGACAAAAAUAAAAUCCUCUCCAGCUCUGUGGUCGUUCUGCACACGCUUUUGGCAAACUCAAUACAACUUCCAGCUAAAUGAUAAUAUCAGCAUAAUAUCAGCAUGUCUAUAACUUGUGAUUGCUGCUUGCCAAAAUGUUUUCCAGUUUUCAAUUGUUUUCAUUUAUGAUUUUUUUGAACUGGGCAGUCGACCUUGUGUUUAUGUGAGCUUGUGAAAUAGUAUAUAAUUAUCACAUGUGUGUAGUUUUUGUAUCAUAUCUAACAAAACUGUUCAUAUCCCUUAUUAUUUUCAACAUUUUUCACACCAAAUCAAAUGUCACAUUUUGUGCAACAAAAGUAAACAUCACUUUGAAGUGGAAUUAAAAUAACAGUGAUUUUUCACCAAACAAAAACUUGUCUUAAAAACUAUAUUCUGCCCCUUUUACUCUAGUGGCCUUGAAUAAAAUCCAAUGAAAACAAUCUUCCUCACAAGUUUCUCAAUCAGUAAAUUGACCAGGAUAAUUAAACCUUUAUUUAAUUAUAAACUC